UGGGAAUGGAAGGUGCCAAGGAAGCUUCUAGUGAUGCACGUCAGCGGCAGCGGCCCUGAAGCUUGUGUAAGCUUCUUGGAUUUUUGGGCCUAAGCUUCCCGAUUCUUGGUGUGAUGCGACUCUUCUACAACUGCCCCUCCAUCACUUCGAUGGCCUCACCAAGAAAUACUCACGAUGAUACCUUCAGGAGUUGUCUGGUGGAAUUCACUGGAGAUCGGCCGACGGUCUAGACGCUUGGGCGGGUCCAGGCGAUCGCAAGCACCCGCAGUUACGAAGCAGAUAUUGACCCCAACCCCGACGGGAAUUUCCCUUCCACUCAUCCUCACCCCACAGCUGUCACCGUCACUGUCACCGUCAGCAUGGGCUGUGCAAAAGGAACCGAAGGAUUGGGAUAUUUUCCGUUUCCUUCUCCUUCUCCUUCUCGAGUCUCGACUUUUUUGACACGAGCUUCUUUGUUCCUCCCUCACUCUCUUACUGAUGCUUCAACGACUCCUCUGACGGUCGUCAAUGUCAACUGUGCAAUCUCAUCCAUCUACCAACCUGCAUCACAACAGUUGCUGACCAUUCACAUCUAUCCACGCCCACGGAACUGCGCUUCGCUGCGCUGCACUGCGAUCUGCGACAUCUGAAUGAAUACGAGGUCGCCUUGACCACUUCUACAUCUUACUCACUUGCGCGCCAUAUAUCCAUCCAUAUAUGUAAACGCAAUUCGCAUCUUCAGCUCCUCCAUCCUCUCUAAAUAUUUCUCGAGCCAUCCAAUCGAGAUGUUGACAACCUCCAUGAUGGCUCUACCAACUCCCCUCGUCACAACUUUGCUACUCUCCAUCUUGUCGAGUUUAGUAAAGGCGCAAACGGAUGAUGCGAAAGCAUGCACUUGUUUUCGAACAAACGGAUCCUCCUCGGGAUAUUUCACCUCACAUCGUUUCUUCGACUAUCGGAAUGUCGUUUCCAGUCAGGCAGUAGUCCCAGAUGUCACUACUGCUCUGGAUAUCACGACUCACUCCAUGGCUUCUUCCGAUUUCUUUACCACUGAUUCUUGGACGAGCAUGUGGACGGUACAGAAUUGGACAAAUAGUGAUAGCAGGGCAUCUAGUGAUGCUAGUAUUCUGAUGGCCAACUCUCCGAGUAAUGUUUACAUUGGUAUGGAAUAUUUUCAACUUUCCUGCUGACAAUCGCUAAUAUACUUCUGCAGAAAAAAGUAACGACACCGACCCCUCCUACUCCACCUACCUCACCCUCCGAACAUCACGUCAAAAAGACUUCCAAUCCGCCGCCGAAAUCAACUCAGCCGAAAAGAACUUCCAAUACCUCUCCGCCCGCUUCUACGCACGCGUAAUCGGCUCCUCAGGCGCCUGCGCAGGAAUGUUCACCUACCUCGCCCCGGAAUCCGACAAGAAACCCUGGACCGUCCAAGAAGCCGACAUAGAAAUCCUCACCAACGGACCUAGAAAUAAAGUCCAAUACACGAACCAACCAUCCGUCGACAAGAAGGGAAACACCAUCACGAAAGGCACGAUCAAUGGCACGAACCCGGAGAACAGGGAUUGGAGCCAGUGGAAUGUUUAUCGUUUAGAUUGGAUCCCCAAGUUAUCGGAGUGGUACGUGAAUGGACAGUCCGUGGCAAGCAUCAAGUUCCAAGCACCUGUUGAUCCAGCGGGACUCAUGAUUAACAUGUGGUCCGAUGGCGGGUCCUGGACGGGGAAUAUGAGUUUGUUUGAAGAAGCGUAUUUACAGAUCCAGUGGAUGGAGGUGGUGUAUAACACGAGUGGACCAGCAGAGGGGAUCCGAAGAAGAAACGAGGCGGAUGAGAUGAACCACGCUGGACCUUUGGUCAAGAGGAAAGGGAGGAAAGGGUGUAAAGUCGUUUGUGGGAUCGAUGAGCAGGUUGUAAAGACUGGGACGCCGGUGAUUCUUAUUAAUAAUACUGCUUCUGCGCCGCUGGGUUGGAAAGGGCAGGGUGUCGGGUGGAUGGGGUGGAUACCGCUGUUACUGGGUGCCGCUACUGUCUUUGGAUUCUUUUGAGUUAAAGUGGACGGGAUUGUUUAAUGGAU